GGCUGUAUCUAUAUCAUUGCGUUUUUGUUUUUUGCAUAGUUCAGAAUGGUUUUCACGUUGUUUGAAAAUAUGUGUUGCAAAUAUGUGAAGUUAAACACAUCCUUCACACGAAUUCCAAGAACUUCGUGCAGUUGGAUAAAUGUCACAGAAUCUCAAAUGGCUUUCAUUGGCUCAAAAUCAGGUCCACGUUGGGUGCUUUACAUGCCUUCACCAAGCUUCCGGGGUGGAGGGAAAUUAAAAUGACGGAGGAACGUGACCGACUUGUCCGACUGGUACGAAAUGCGGAUGAGCGAAAAUACCACGCAUGCGCCUUUAUUUGCACGACACUUAAUAAAUAUCUCAUCAGAGUAACGGUGGUAGGCUUUGUGGAAAACAACAGAUUAGGGCACAAAUCACUCGCUGUGGGCUGUGAAAACAGUACCGGUAGUUCCACUUCACCAUGUUUUCCUUGGUUAUUCCACUGUUGAGUUUGCUGGUCACGUGGUUUGGAGUUGUGAAAGCCCAGUAUGGAUGUGCGGCAACUUUGUGUGUACAAGGACAUUAUUGUAAAGAAAUCCCGACGCGGUGCUAUCGUCCUCCGUGCCCUACACAGGCCGUGUGCGUACCCAUUACGUCAUCAACCCGGGCACCACAAGUAAACAAACCGGGCAGGUGUCCUGGGUACCAAACCGGAAUACAAGCCCGCCAUUUCCCGUCAUGCCCCGCGAGAUGCUCGUCCGACAGCUCGUGUCCCGGAAGUCAGAAGUGCUGCUUCUACGGUUGUGGCAUGCGCUGUGUGUCAGUGCAGACAACUCAGCCAACCAAACCCGGUUCCUGUCCACGAGCCCCUUACGGCGUGGUGACCCCGUGCGUUGUCGGAUGCACUUCUGACCAAUCUUGCUCCGGUAGCCUGAAAUGCUGCUCGUGGGGGUGCAGCCGACGGUGCAUGUCCCCCUCGGGUACAGUUACAAGCAAACCAGGGUAUUGUCCGCGGCUAUAUAUCACUGGGUUUUGCAUCCGUUACGAAGACAACUGUCAGUCCGACACCCAGUGUCCAAGGUCGAUGAAAUGUUGUCGUAGUCUUUGUGGGAGAGCAUGCUCUUUACCAACAAGGUUCCCAGCCAUCGGUUAAAGUAGGACACCGGGAAGUGACACGUACACAAUGUUUCUAAAACUGGAUACGACUCCUUUUUCUUAGAAAACAUCUGGCGCGAAGGUGUUCGUCAGAUUCAAGCAAUAGCAAAUGUCACUUUUUAUCUAAGGAAUUCUCCUAAAACUGUUGCGAAAGUCCACUGUCAUGCACUACAUUAUCAUUUUCAGUUUAGUUCAAAUUUGAAUAUAGUUAAUACUUCUAAGAAAAUCAAUUAUCUGUGUACGUUACAUUUUAGCAAAAAUUUCAAGUUACCAAAAGUCAGUUCCAGUUUCAUUUUUUUUUUUGAAGACUGUCAACAUCUUAAUUCAUCAAAGAUUGAACAUUGUUAAAUAAAAGCUUUCAUUAACCCAGAA